ACAUAGACGGAGGCAAGCCAAUGCGGAGCGGGCAGGGAGGCGGGCCUUGGCUGCUGUCAGGGUUGAGUGCGCCGCUGAACGGAUGGCAGGGGGAGCAGAGUGGGUUCCUGAGGAGCAUCCGUGAGGUAUUUGAAUAUCAUCAGUUGCUACCCAUUGAUGUCAAGAUGACUAAGCUUGGAUUUUUGCGAUUGUCCUAUGAGAAGCAGGACACACUUCUAAAGCUUCUCAUCCUGUCGAUGGCUGCUGUGUUAUCUUUUUCUACUCGUCUUUUUGCUGUGCUGAGAUUUGAAAGUGUCAUCCAUGAGUUUGAUCCGUACUUUAAUUAUCGGACUACCCGCUUUCUGGCUGAGGAGGGCUUUUAUAAGUUCCAUAACUGGUUUGAUGACCGGGCUUGGUACCCUUUGGGCCGAAUCAUUGGAGGAACAAUUUACCCAGGUUUAAUGAUCACUUCUGCUGCAAUCUACCAUGUACUCCAUUUCUUCCAUAUCACCAUUGACAUUCGGAAUGUCUGUGUUUUCCUGGCCCCGCUUUUCUCCUCUUUCACCACCAUCGUUACGUACCACCUUACCAAAGAGCUCAAGGAUGCAGGAGCUGGGCUUCUUGCUGCUGCCAUGAUUGCCGUAGUUCCUGGGUAUAUUUCUCGAUCUGUAGCUGGCUCCUAUGAUAAUGAAGGAAUUGCUAUCUUUUGCAUGCUGCUUACUUACUACAUGUGGAUCAAGGCAGUGAAGACUGGUUCCAUCUAUUGGGCUGCCAAGUGUGCCCUCGCUUAUUUCUACAUGGUCUCUUCAUGGGGAGGCUAUGUGUUCCUGAUCAACUUGAUUCCUCUACAUGUCCUGGUGCUAAUGCUGACAGGCCGUUUUUCUCACCGGAUCUACGUAGCCUACUGUACUGUUUACUGCCUGGGCACCAUUCUUUCUAUGCAGAUUUCCUUUGUCGGUUUCCAGCCUGUCCUUUCUUCAGAACACAUGGCAGCCUUUGGAGUGUUUGGUCUCUGUCAGAUCCAUGCUUUCGUAGAUUACCUGCGCAGCAAGUUGAAUCCACAGCAAUUCGAGGUUCUUUUCCGGAGUGUUAUCUCCCUGGUUGGCUUUGUCCUCCUCACUGUGGGAGCUCUCCUCAUGCUAACAGGAAAAAUUUCUCCCUGGACAGGACGUUUCUACUCUCUGCUGGAUCCCUCUUAUGCUAAGAAUAACAUUCCCAUUAUUGCAUCUGUUUCUGAGCACCAGCCCACAACCUGGUCCUCCUACUAUUUUGAUCUACAGCUCCUUGUCUUCAUGUUUCCAGUUGGCCUCUAUUACUGCUUUAGCAACCUGUCUGAUGCUCGGAUUUUUAUCAUCAUGUAUGGUGUGACCAGCAUGUACUUUUCGGCUGUAAUGGUGCGUCUAAUGCUGGUAUUGGCACCUGUUAUGUGCAUUCUUUCUGGCAUUGGUGUUUCUCAGGUGCUGUCCACAUAUAUGAAAAAUCUGGAUAUAAGUCGCCCAGACAAGAAGAGCAAGAAGCAACAGGAUUCUACUUACCCUAUUAAGAAUGAGGUGGCAAGUGGGAUGAUCCUGGUCAUGGCUUUUUUUCUCAUCACCUACACGUUUCAUUCAACUUGGGUAACCAGUGAAGCCUAUUCUUCUCCCUCCAUUGUACUGUCUGCUCGUGGUGGGGAUGGCAGUAGGAUCAUUUUUGAUGACUUCCGAGAAGCAUAUUAUUGGCUCCGUCACAAUACUCCAGAGGAUGCAAAAGUCAUGUCAUGGUGGGAUUAUGGCUACCAAAUUACUGCAAUGGCAAAUCGGACAAUUUUAGUGGACAAUAACACAUGGAAUAAUACCCAUAUUUCUCGAGUAGGGCAGGCAAUGGCGUCCACCGAAGAAAAAGCCUAUGAAAUCAUGAGGGAGCUUGAUGUCAGCUAUGUGCUUGUCAUUUUUGGAGGCCUUACUGGGUAUUCUUCUGAUGAUAUCAACAAGUUUCUUUGGAUGGUCCGGAUUGGAGGAAGCACAGAGACAGGAAGACACAUUAAGGAGAAUGACUACUAUACUCCAACUGGGGAAUUCCGUGUUGAUCGUGAGGGUUCUCCGGUGCUGCUCAACUGCCUUAUGUACAAAAUGUGUUACUACCGCUUUGGGCAGGUCUACACAGAAGCCAAGCGUCCACCAGGCUUUGACCGUGUUCGAAAUGCUGAGAUUGGUAAUAAAGACUUUGAGCUUGAUGUCCUGGAGGAAGCGUAUACCACAGAACACUGGCUAGUCAGGAUAUACAAGGUAAAGGACCUGGAUAAUCGAGGCUUGUCAAGGACAUAAAUGUCACAUUGUGCCCUGAGCGUUAUGCUUCGCACUGAGCGCGUCAUGUUGAGGACGCUGAAGAUUUUUUUUUUAUAUGCAGUUUAUAAGAACAGCCGGAUGGGGUUAGAAUUGUCUGCAAGUUUUGCCCUGGACAAUAUGGGCUGGGCCAAGUGAAAUGAUUUUUAUAAUUCUGAGCAGGUUACCAAAUGAAAUGUUAUGGCUUUACUUUGGUCAAUUAAAAGGGGUGGGGGAGGAUUUUUUUUAAAUGUGCCUUAUUUGUUUUGACUUAAAUUGGCUGAUACGAGGAUCACAGAAGUGAACGGAUGGAAGACUAUAUCCAUGCUCUAGGUCCCCAAAUGAACCAAAUAGGAGCAUUUUUUCUCCUAUCAGCAAUCUCAAGGACUAGCUCUGGUUCAACAAAUACAAACAACUUUGUCACACUUUUUUGUUUUUUAGCACCCAGGUACAAUGCUUUCCUGGGGCUUAAUAAAUUUUUAUCAACUGAAUAAAUGUUUCUGGGACCAGA